CCAUCACCAUCGCCAAGGCAAGAGAGAACGCGAGAGAUAUGGAUAGCGCUAGGUUGCUGGGGUUGGCAGUACUACUGGUGGUGGCUGUAGUAGUCAUGGCAUCCGGGAACCACCGGGCUUGGGCGAAAAGCUGCGACGACGACGUUGUUGGAAUAGCGGGAGAGUGCAAGCAGUACGUGAUGAAGGGAGGGCCGUCGGCGGAGGCGCCAUCUCCGGCUUGCUGCGCCGCGCUGCAGAAGGCAGACAUGCCCUGCGUCUGCAAGAAGGUGACGCCCUCCAUCGAGCGCUUCAUCGACAUCAACAAGGUCCUCUUCGUCGCUGAUUCCUGCGCCGUACCCCUCCCCCACGGCACUAAAUGUGGCAGUAUUACCAUCCCCAGGGCAUGAACAAGAAGAGUUUAUGGCUGGCUGUGGCUGCUGCUGCUGCUGCUGCAUGGUCUCUUUUAAAUGUUGCUUUAUUUUAAUUCUGUGUUUGUCCUAGAAUUAAUUAUUAAUGCUGUCUCAUCUUAAUUUUGUGUAAUGUUAAAACUUUUGUCUCUUUGCCUUUUUCCAGUCAGGAAUUUUAAUUUUUACCAAUAUGUAUGUGUUUUGUCAACAAGAACCCAAUCCAAAAGAGGUCUUCUUUU